AUGUCAUUGAAAUAUAUUAACGAUGCAAGAAAGAUUCUUUGCAUAGGACGUAAUUAUAUUGAGCACAUUAAGGAGUUGAAUAGUAUGAGACCUCAACAACCUUUCUUCUUUUUGAAGCCUUCUUCAUCGGUAUUGAAACCAAAUUCAGGUCCAUUUUUGGUUCCCAAGGGUGUCACAGUACAUCAUGAAGUCGAGUUAGCCUUUACAUUGAAUAGAGAUUUGCAAAACUUGUCUCCAGAUUUUUCACCACAAGAGGCAUUGGAAAGCAUUGAAGGGUAUGCUUUAACGAUAGACAUGACAGCAAGGAAUGUUCAAAAUGAAGCUAAAAAAAAGGGAUUGCCAUGGUCUAUUGGUAAAGGAUUCGAUACCUUUUUGCCAGUAUCUAGUUUCAUUCCAAAGGAAAAAAUCCCUGAUCCAUACAAUGUCGAGUUGGAGUUGAAAGUCAAUGGCGAGAUUAAACAACAUGAGAAAACCAAUUUGAUGAUAUUCCCUAUACACAAGAUAUUAAGUACCAUGUCGAAUAUAAUGACUUUAGAAAAGGGAGAUUUGAUAUUAACUGGAACACCAAAGGGAGUAGGCCCAAUUGUAGCUGGAGAUGAAAUUGAAGCAACUUUAAGUGUUGAUGGUAAAGUUCUUGAAACUAUCAAAUGCAAAGCAGAGACCAAACCAGGAUACUACGAGUAUAGAGAGACAUAA